AUGCGGCCUCAACGCGAAUACCACAUUGUUGUCCUGGGUGCUGGAGGAGUAGGAAAGAGUUGUUUAACAGCACAAUUCGUCCAAAAUGUUUGGAUCGAGAGCUACGACCCGACGAUCGAGGAUUCAUACAGGAAACAGAUUGAGGUAGAUGGUCGACAAUGCAUACUGGAGAUUCUUGACACCGCGGGCACAGAACAAUUCACGGCAAUGAGAGAACUCUACAUGAAGCAAGGCCAAGGCUUCCUCCUCGUUUUCUCAAUCACUAGCAUGUCCUCCCUACACGAACUCUCCGAGCUCCGCGAACAAAUCAUCCGAAUCAAAGACGACGAAAACGUCCCAAUCGUAAUCGUGGGCAACAAAUCCGACCUGGAAGAAGACCGCGCCGUGCCCCGUGCUCGCGCCUUCGGCCUAUCCCAGAACUGGGAUAACGCCCCAUACUACGAGACCUCGGCACGCCGCCGCGCAAACGUCAACGAGGUCUUCAUCGACCUGUGUCGCCAGAUUAUCCGCAAGGACUCUGAGGGCUCGCGGACGAGCAGUGAUCCGAAUCGCCGGCGCGAGGGUCCCAAUCGUGAUCGGAAGAGGGAUAACAAGCGGCCCCGAAAUCGUCGUGGGCCGUGUGUUAUUCUUUGA